AUGACAGAUGCGAUCAAUAUCUGGGAGAUUCUAUCGCAAACCCUUGUCUGGACAUAUUUUACCAUUGCCAUGAUUAAAAUGUACGUUAUAAUGACCAAUCGAAAUGAUUUGGCAUCUAUCAUAGUACAAUUUGAAAAACUCUGGCCAAAAACUGUCAAAACAUCUGUUGAAAAGGAAAUUGUAGAAGGUUAUAUGAUGGCUAAUCAUAAAUGGAUGUCUAGAUAUGCUUAUUUAUCCAUAUCGUGCUUUUUUGUCGUCAACACCACACCAAUUAUAUUAACGAUUUACAAACUAAUAUUGGGUGAAAAACCGGAACGAUUAUUGCCGUUUGUUACGUGGUUUCCUUUCAACGAAUACGGUAAAAUUGCAUAUCCUUUCACCUACAUCUUCCUGUUCUAUGGCUCACAUGUCUCAAGUGCUGCUUCAAUUUGCUACGACUCCCUCUUCUGUAUGUUGAUCUCGCAUCUGUGCCUCCAGUACAAACUUCUAGCCGAGGACCUCAGGAAUACAGUGGCAUCUACGAAAAAUAACACAGAUACUAAUGAAAUUAGUAGCGAGGAACGUCUGCGAAGAGGCAUUGAAAGGCAUCAAUUAUUGAUGGAGAUUCGUAAUAAGAUAGAUUCAAUCUUUACCGACGUCUUCUUCCUGAAUUUCUCCUCAAGUACCUUCAAUAUUUGCAUAGUUGGAUUUCUCUUUGUAAUUCAGAAAGGCUUCGCAGGAAAAGUCAAAUUUGUUAUGAUGUUGCUAACGCUUUUAGCACAGAUCUUUCUUCUCUGUUGGUAUGGACAAGAGGUUGUAGACAAUAGUUCGGCUAUCAGUGAUGCUGUCUACGACUGCAAAUGGUACUGCUCAUCACAGAGAUUUCGUAAAAUGAUCAUCUACAUGAUUCAUCACAGUCAGAUACCUCAGAAGCUUUUUGCUCUGAAAUUCUGGGAAAUUACGCUGUAUAGCUUUAGCAAUUUACUCAAGGCAUCAUGGUCAUACUUCGCAUUACUUAAUACAGUCCUAGAAGAGCGAUACCUUGGGAUCCACCCUAAGGGGGGUCUCCUAACUUAAUUUACAGCUAUCGAUAGUAAGAUCUAUAAGUUUACAAACAGUAAAUUCAAUUGUGGGAAUUACUGAAAUUGGUGUUUAUUAUAUUACAUGCUUCACUAACAAUUAAUUGUGAUAAUCAAGAUGUUGCGGUGAUGUGCAUCACAGGUCAUCACGGCUAUUAAGUACAUAGCACAAUUGCCUGUUCAGUAGCUAAAGGACAUUUUUGACUUCAAUUUCUUAUC